AUGUUGAGAACCACCGUGAACAGCUUGAAGAAGAAGAAGGCGGACGCAAAGGAUGCCAAGAAGAAGAUGGAAAUCAAGGAAUUCAACAAGUUAAAGAUCAAAGCAUCCACACCGAUCGAGACACAUCCGUUAUAUAUGACCAUUCCGGAGGCCAUGAGAUACUUGAGAGCGUUUGAGGUUGGCAAAUCGUCCUACGACACCACCUUAACCUUGCAAGCCACCAUCGUCGCCUCCAAGGGUGUUUUGCCGUUGCAAGGCUCGCUUGCGUUACCGCAUCCUUUGAAGGAGACCAAAAUUGCAUUAUUCACAACCGACCCAGAAAAGGCCGAGGAAGCAAAGAGAUUGGGCUGCUCCGUCGUUGGGGGGCUCGAAUUGAUCCAGGCAGUCAAGGACGGUAAGGCUCUCGACGCCCAGCAGGCGUUUGCCACUCCAGAGAUUGCCCAGCAGUUGAACCAAAUUGCCCGUGUAUUGGGGCCUAAGGGUUUGAUGCCAAGUGCUAAGAAGGGCACCGUGAUUUCUGAUAUCGCGGUCGCCAUCGGCAGCGCUAAGGGCUCUAUGCCUUUCAAGCAGAAGGAGCACUACUUGUGCUUCCCUAUUGCCAAUUGCAGCUUUUCUGAUAAGCAGGUCUUGGAAAACAUCACCUGUGCUAGUGCCGCUAUCAGAGAGCUUACCGAGAAGACCGCCAGCAACAAGACCUGUGUCCUCAACAAGGUUAUUUUGUCCUCAAAGUCUGGCCCCGGUAUCGCCAUCAAUUUCUAGUUUAGCUGUCUCACGCUGAGCUCUUGUAUAUAUAUCAAUACAAACGUGUAAAAAAGGCUAGUUUUAGGUCGAUAU